AUGUUUCAGAAGAACGAAAUAGUUGGGGAAACACCGACCGACCAUUUAAGCAGUUUGAGCUCCGCGGCCAUCAAAGAAAUGGGAAACAACUCAUUCAUGAAAGGUGAUUAUGCAGAGGCCCUGAAAUUCUUUACGGCGGCGAUUGAAAACUGUCCUCCGGACCGUUCCAUGGAUUUGGCCACUUUCUAUCAAAACCGAGCAGCUACAUUUGAAAGACUCGGAGAUCUGCAGAAUGUGCUUGACGAUUGUAGCUCAGCGGUUGCACUUAACAAACGCUAUGUGAAAGCCUUGCUGCGUCGUGGAAAAGCUAAUAGGGCGCUUGGUCGAUUGGAAGACGCAUUAUAUGAUUUCUCGUGCGCGUUUGCGUUGCAGGAAUAUCGAGACAUGACUACUUUUCGAAUGACCGAUCAGCUGAUGAACGACUAUGCAGCAGCGAAGGCCAAGGAACUGAUGUCGACGCGCAGAUUGGAAGAACUGCCCCUGUCGAAUUCGUUUGUCGAGUCGUAUUUGGGCACCUACGCUGAGGACCCCAUCAAGACCAGUUUCGAUGCGGUGAAACUGCGUGUGCAACAGGAACCUAAGUUAGAGUCAUGGUAA